CUUGUGCCAUGGCUCCUGGGAAGAAGAUCACUGCCAAGAUUAAGAAGACUUUGCCAGUGACAGGCCCCCAAGCGCCAACGCUCAGUGAGCUGAUGAAGUGGUACUGUUUGAAUACCAACACGCACGGCUGUCGGCGCAUUGUGGUGUCCAGGGGACGCUUGCGCAGGUUCAUCUGGAUUUUGCUAACUCUGAGUGCUGUUGGACUGAUCCUGUGGCAGUGUGCUGAGCUCCUCAUGAACUAUUACAGUGCUUCAGUGUCUGUCACGGUCCAGUUCCAGAAGUUGCCCUUCCCUGCUGUCACCAUUUGCAACAUCAACCCCUACAAGUACAGUGCAAUGAAAGACUAUUUAUCUGAAUUGGACAAAGAGACAAAAAAUGCGUUGGAGACUUUCUAUGGAUUUUCAGAGGGCAAAUCCAAGGUGCGUCGUUCAGCUGGUGACAGGAACACCACAGGGAGUGAAUUCUUCAAACAGAUCCCACUGCUGAAAUUUGAAGAUUUCUCUAAGACAGUUACUGACCUUCACAGUGGCCAGAAGAGGAAAAUUGAGGGCAGUGUCUUUCACAAAGAUUCAUCCAUAGUAAAUUCUGGAGAUUCAAAUGAUAUCAUCGGCUUUCAGUUGUGUGAUGCAAACAACAGCAGUGAGUGUGCCCUUUAUACAUUCAGUUCCGGUGUUAAUGCUAUCCAAGAAUGGUACAAGCUGCAUUACAUGAACAUCAUGGCACAAAUUCCCUUGGAGACUAAAGAAAAAUUGAGUUAUUCUGCCGAUGACCUUCUACUGACAUGUUUCUUUGACGGCCUAUCUUGUGACAAAAGGCACUUCACUCGUUUCCAUCAUCCACUGCAUGGCAAUUGCUACACCUUCAACAGUGGAGAAAAUGGGACAAUCCUGAGCACCUCCACAGGAGGCAGUGAGUAUGGACUGCAGGUUGUUCUGUAUAUAGAUGAAGCGGACUACAACCCUUUCCUGGUGACAUCAACAGGGGCCAAGAUCAUUGUCCAUGACCAGAACGAAUAUCCCUUCAUUGAAGACAUUGGCACAGAAAUUGAGACAGCAGCAGCAACCUCCAUAGGGAUGCACUUUACUCGGUCUCGCAAGCUCAGCAAACCCUACAGUGAUUGCACAGAGACUGGUGCUGACAUACCAGUGGAAAAUCUCUAUAACAAGAGCUACUCACUCCAGAUUUGCUUGCACUCCUGUUUUCAGAAGGCCAUGGUAGACUCCUGCGGCUGUGCCCAGUACGCCCAGCCCUUACCUGCUGGGGCAGAGUACUGCAACUACAAGAAAAACCCCAACUGGAUGUACUGCUACUACAGAUUGCAUGAAAAAUUUGUGAAGGAGCAGCUGGGCUGUCAGCAGAUUUGCAAAGAUGCCUGCAGCUUCAAGGAAUGGGCCCUCACCACCAGCAUUGCCCAGUGGCCAUCUACAGUCUCUGAGGACUGGAUGCUUCGAGUUCUCUCUUGGGACAAAGGGCAGAAAAUCAACAAGAAGUUAAACAAAACGGACCUAGCAAAUCUCAUGGUGUUUUACAAAGACCUGAAUGAGAGAUUCAUUUCUGAGAAUCCUACCAACACACUUGUCAUUCUUCUUUCCAACUUUGGAGGCCAGCUGGGCCUUUGGAUGAGCUGUUCAGUUGUUUGUGUCAUUGAGAUCGUGGAAGUUUUCUUCAUUGAUUCGCUUUCCAUCGUAAUGCGGCGGCGAUGGCAAAAAACAAAGAAAUGGUGGAAUGACCGGAAAAGAGAACAGGCGGGGAAGCCAUCUGAGGCCAGCGAUCCUGACAGACACGGCCAUGAUAACCCUAUAUGCAUUGAUGAGGAUCUGCCCACUUUCAACACUGCCCUCCGCUUACCGCUGCCCCAGGAGAACCACCUGCCCAGGACUCCCCCACCCAACUACAGCACUUUGCGGCUAGAAACUGCGUUCUCGGAACAGCUGCCUGAUACAGUAGAUGUUGGGCAACACUGAUGCAUUCUUUAGCCUCUCAUUUAGAUGCCAAAAUAGGAAGUGGAUGCUGGACUCGUGUGUCCAGGGGUGAAGGGCACACAUCCAAGCAAGCACUGAAUGGUUGCUGGGUCAGACCCUUAUUCAGGGAUUGAACUUGCAGUCAAAGUUUCUCUAAGCUAAGCUCAGACACAAAAGCCAAGAGCUCAGAGACAUUAGGAACUUCAAACAACAUCAAUUCUCAAGUUAAUUAUUGCAGGAGAUGGCUGGAGCAGGAUGUGGAACUGAGCUGGGAUGUCUUGCCAGACAGAGGCAUACAUUAGCAACAAACUGCACACACCCCUUUGUAUGUGGGCAGGAAUUACUCCACAGCAGAAGAUUGAUGCCACAUUGACUAUUAAUGCUAAUUGCUCUCUGCUCUGUGGCUUGACUUGUGGGAAAAACCCGGGG